AAUUAAGUCACUAACUAAGUAACUACACGUGUCAUGCGGUUAGCAGGGAAGUGGGGGAACUAAAAGUCCCACAUCGGAAAGACGGUGAAAGUAAGGCUUGUUUAUAUAUGUCUAGAAAGCAUCAGGGGUCACGACAACUUACUUGAACAGGAUCUUUUAUCCUUUUUCCCUCAUAUCUUUUAGUUUCUUACAUUUUCACCCCUGAACUUUGCUGAUAUAUUUUCUUUUGCUUUCUUAUUUAACCCUCUAACUUUUUCCAUGCUCAAAUCGAAACCUCCGCUUAAACCCCUCAGCUGAACAGAGUAAAAAGAUAAGGUUUCGAGAGUGAAGCGGAAGUGUGCAAAAUGGACGCGGCUCUCUUCUCUACUCGGCUUCAAUUCCAUUCAUCAAUCCGUUGUGCUCUUCCAACAAUCUUCAAUCUUUCUUCACAAGCCGGGAGUUCGUGCGCAAUCAAACCGACCCAGUUUCUUCACCGGCGUUUGACAGCCAAAUCCACAAACUUUUCUCUUUCUUCUUUGCCACGGAGAGGGUUCUUAUGCAGAGCUGCGGAGUACAAGUUCCCGGAUCCAAUUCCCGAAUUCGCCGAAGCUGAGACUAAGAAAUUCAAGGACCAUAUGACAAAGAAACUAUCAAAGAGGGAUCUUUUUGAAGACUCUGUUGAUGAGAUUGUGGGAGUUUGCACUGAGAUCUUCGAGACGUUCUUGCGCAGCGAGUAUGGAGGACCUGGAACACUUUUGGUCAUACCUUUCAUCGACAUGGCUGAUACACUCAAUGAAAGGGAACUGCCUGGAGGUCCACAAGCCGCACGUGCAGCUAUCAAAUGGGCUCAGGAUCAUGUAGACAAGGAUUGGAAGGAAUGGACUGGCACUGAUUAGUAACACCACCCGAACCUCAAAUCAUCAAAACAUAGUUCAGUACUCAUGUAUCAGAUGAUAGAUUGUCUUUGUAAAACUCUGAAUUUUGCAGAUUUCGGUAUUCUGUUAGCUCUGUUCUUAUACAAAUCGCUUGGCCUCA